AAGAUAACGAAUAUCUCCAACAUAAUAUUUAUACUGACGGCAGCAUAGUUUUGUAAUUAUUGACAAAUAACGUUAUUAAAAAAUUAUCACUAUCAAGUUAAUGAGUAUUCAGUGAAAAGUCAAAGUUGUAGUCUUCAAAAUCAGUUCCGCCAGAUUUGUCAAAGUGAAAGACCGUCCUCAAGCGCUCUGUGAUCCUUUGUGAUCGUAUCACUUUUGGUAAUAAUAGAUGCUGUGACAUACUUCUCCAGUUUCGUACAAACAAUAAAUACAACGUUUGUGAAUUAUCAGUGUCGAUAGCUUCAGUUUGCGGUACGUAUAUUAAGUGACUUGAAGAACUCCCAGUAAUAAUAAUAAACAAAUGUAUAUACAUGCCUCUUAGGUUAGGUAGGUGAUUGAUCCAAAUUACAGGAAACUGCAGAUGUUGAAAAAAGAUGUUGCUGCUGAAGACAUCAGUACCAGUUGACAUAGCAAUAUUCACAGUACUCGCUAUCUACAUCUUGUACAAAUAUGCCACGAGAAACUUCAAAUACUUCAAGGAUACAGGUGUGCCUUACAUAGAGCCGAUGCCUUUUUUUGGCAACUUUGCGUCCAUUGCUCUUUUUAGAAGAUCCAUAGGAGAAUGGCUGAGGUCGUGUUAUGAAAAGAUGGAUGCACCUUACUUUGGAAUAUUCGUUUUCAACACUCCUUGUAUGGUGAUCAAGUCUCCAGAAUUGGUGAGGGACUGUCUGAUCAAGGAUUUCAGUCACUUUCAUGAUAGAUCCACACCAUUGCCCAAACAUGAGCAAUUACAACAAGGUAUGAUGUUGCUUCAAAAAGGCAGAGAAUGGAAAGAAACAAGAGAAAAGUUCACGAAUGCUUUCACAUCUGGCAAGCUGCGACAGAUGUUUCCAGAAUUGAACACAUACGCAGAAAAAUUGGUAAAAUUCAUCAAAAAUAAUGAUACUACAAAAAUCGAUAUUCAAGAUUGUUCGUUGAGAUACUCUACAGACACACUUCUCAGGAGUUUCGUGGGAGUAGAAUCAUACUGCUUAGAUGAAGAUAGUGAAAUCUACACCAGAAUGAAGUCGGCAAUGUCUGUCACAUUGGAAGGUGGUGUCAGGGGUAUCAGCUUCUUUUUCAGGCUCGAUAAUUUGAUAGAGUCUUUGAAACUCUGCUUUCCGCAAAGAGCUGCGCUUGACUUCUUCGCGGACGUAUUCCAGUAUUUGGUUAAACUUAGCAAAGAAACUAAAGGAAAGAUUAGCAAUUUGAUUGAUAUAGUGAACAGUUUGAAAAGCAAUGAGAGUUAUACAAAGAAAUUUACGUACGGAGACAGGAAAGCUGUUGGUCAGCCAUUCAUGUUCUUCAUAGCAGGAGAAAAUACUCUCAUAACUACUUUGACUUAUACACUUUACGAGCUAGCUAAACAUCCAGAAGUCCAAGUAAAAUUGAGAAAUGAGGUGACAGAAGCUAAAGGUGAUGAUACUCAAUUCAGCUAUGAAAAAAUUAUUGGAAUGAAGUAUAUGGAAAUGAUUAUUCAAGAGGUCAUGAGGAUGUAUCCUCCUUUACCGUUCAUAGACAGGGAAUGCACGAAGGACUACAAAAUAAGAGGAACUGACGUCAUAAUCCCAAAAGGGCAACAGGUUUACAUACCAAUGCUUGGAUUUAACUUUGAUGAAAGCAUCUUUCCUGAACCUGAGAAGUUUAUACCUGAACGAUUUGAAAGUAAAUCCAGGUACAAUCAGAAUGGUAUUAGGUUCUUUCCAUUUGGCGACGGGCCCAGAAUCUGUAUUGGUGAAAGAUACGCCUUACUAGAUCUCAAAAUCGCUGUAGCUCACGUUUCGACUAACUUUGAGAUGGAAACAACACCUGACACCCCACAGAAAAUACAAUUCACACCAUUUUCCUUCAGUCUGGUAUCCAAGGUACCUAUUUAUCUAAAAUUCAAGCCCCUGGCCAUAUGAGGCAUCUCGAGCAAGUUAUAUGUUCGAUUUGCAAACAGGUAUAAAACAACCCUUACUUAUUAAUGACAUACUUAUACUGAAUUGACAAUAAAGACACUAUAAAAAAUGAUAA